AUGGGUCCCCCCAAAAAGAUUCAUCAUCGGCGAACGCGCCGCCUUGGGCAGGCGUUCGCAGAUAUCAAGGCAGAGCCCACUGCUUCACUACAGGUGAAGCGCAAGACCAGACAGAAGCUCGAGGAGCCUAACAUCUCGGAAAGCAUCCUUCAGCCUCGGGCUGGAGAUGCUCCAGUCAAAACACCGGAUGAUGAUCAUGAACAAGCAAAAGGGUCAUUCAUCAAGGUUGAGAAACCUGACCUUGAUAUGAUAGAUAGUCCUGAAGAUAAUAAGGCCGCUACUGGUGUUGAUCAGAAACCAUCCUCCGAGGAUAUCGAUAUGCCCUUGGCCCCGAAAAUUGACCCCACUGAGCCACACAUCAAAAUUGAGAAGCCUGAUCCUGAUUUGACAACUCGUUUUGAAGACCAGAAGCCAGCUACUAGUGUCAAACACGAUCCAUCCUGCAAUGAUACUGGGAUGCCACUGACCCCCAAAGUUGACCCAAUUGAGCCAUCAAUCAAGGCUGAAAAGCCUGACCCGGAUUUGGCAGCUGGUGUUGGGGAACGGGAUUCAACCACUGGCAUCAAACACGAUCCAUCCUGCGAUGAUACUGAGAUGCCAUUGGCCCCUAAAAUUGAUCCAAACGAGCCAUCAAUCAAGGCUGAAAAGCCUGACCCGGAUUUGGCAGCUGGUGUUGGGGAACGGGAUUCAACCACUGUCAAACACGAUCCAUCCUGCGGAGAUACUGGGAUGCCACUGACCCCCAAACUCGACUCAAACGAAUCAACAACAACUUUUGACCACUCCGACUCUAAGCGCAGUCUCACCUCCUUCGAUUCUCAAGAUCUUUUGGAAGAGACACGUACUCAGAGCUCCCUUGAUUAUUCGGACACAAAGCCAGAAGCCCAGCUCUGUAUCUUAUGUUUCAAGCAAUGGGGAAAAGAAUUGGAGCCCGGCGAAAGGCUACUGGAUUGCCAAAUUACCCAUGGAAGCUCUUUCAGUUGUAGACAUUGUUCGGGGGAGCAUUAUAGAUGUGACAUACUCCCAUCUAAUCUGACAAGGGACCUGUUACAAUUGAAGCAUGAGAUGAACAGGGCCUUGGAUGCAGGUGAGGCCAUCGAAGAAAAGAAACGUUUCUACGAUACAUACCAAAAUGUUUCCGGGGAAAUUCAUCAACCAUCUGUCGGGGCCAGCGCAUCAUGUCUACGAUUACAUUUGCGGGAUAUAGAGAGAAAAAGGUGGAAGGGACGAGAAUACGAGCAGAAGAACGCAGACCGAAUCAAAUCGAAACAAGAAUACCGUCGAGAAUACUACCAGAAGAACGCAGACCGAAUUAAACCAAUAAAACGAAAAUACCAGCGAGAAUACCGGCAGAAGAACGCAGACCAAGUCAAAUCAAAACAACGAGAAUACUACCAGAAGAACAAUACAGUCGAAGAUACCAACAGAAGCACGCAGACCGGAUCAAAUCAAGACGACGAGAAUACCAGCGAGAAUACUACCGGAAGAACGCAGACCGAAUCAAAUCACAACAACAAGAAUACCGACAGAAGAAUGCAGACCGAAUUAAACUAA